UUGGUAAGGCGGGAAACACUGCUCUGCUGGUUGGUUCAGUGUUUUCCAACCGAGGAGCAACCGCCGCGCUAAUCUACACUGGAAACAAGUGCAAACAUUAACUAAUGAGCCUUUCCACGGCUUUUAGGGUCUUCAGUCUGACUCUGACCAAAGAAACAAGUCUCUUCCCAGGCUGUGGAGAGUCCGGAGCGCCUAAACCAGCCCAGAGGAGCGGUUAAUUUUAUGUCUGUCCACGCUCUGAUCGUUAACGUUUGCCUCCGUAGCCACCGAGCGGCUGUUAGCUCCGACACAAAGAGGAGCGUGUUGCUAACUAGAUAAAGCAAAAGUUAUCCAAGAAGAAACUAUGGAUACGUUUCAGAAGGUAGAGAAGAUUGGAGAAGGGACGUAUGGUGUGGUUUAUAAAGCCAAGAACAAAGUCACCGGAGAAACUGUGGCUCUUAAGAAAAUAAGGCUGGACACGGAAACAGAAGGUGUACCAAGCACUGCCAUCCGAGAGAUUUCUCUUCUCAAAGAACUCAGUCACCCGAAUAUUGUCAAAUUGCGAGACGUCAUCCACACGGAGAACAAGCUCUACCUUGUGUUUGAGUUCCUUCAUCAGGACUUAAAGAAAUUCAUGGACUCUUCCUCAGUCACUGGAAUCCCACUGCCUCUAGUCAAGAGUUAUCUUUUCCAGCUGCUGCAGGGUCUGGCCUUCUGUCACUCUCACAGAGUCCUUCAUCGAGAUCUGAAGCCUCAGAACCUCCUCAUCAACGCUCAGGGGGAGAUCAAGCUCGCUGACUUUGGCCUAGCAAGAGCCUUCGGAGUACCAGUCCGCACAUACACACACGAGGUGGUAACACUUUGGUACAGGGCACCAGAAAUCCUCCUUGGCUGCAAAUACUACUCUACAGCUGUUGACAUCUGGAGUCUUGGCUGCAUCUUUGCAGAAAUGAUCACCAGGAGGGCGUUAUUCCCUGGCGACUCUGAGAUCGAUCAGUUAUUCCGAAUCUUCCGCACCUUGGGAACACCUGAUGAAACCAUCUGGCCUGGAGUGACAUCACUGCCUGACUACAAACCAUCUUUCCCAAAGUGGGCCAGACAGGAUUUAGCCAAAGUGGUUCCUCUUCUUGAUGAGGAUGGAAGGGAACUGCUAGCUGAAAUGCUCAACUAUGAUCCAAACAAAAGGUUAUCUGCAAAGAAUGCCCUUGUGCAUCGGUUCUUCCGUGAUGUCACCAUGCCAAUCCCUAACCUGAGACUCUGAGUCGAGCCAAACAUCAGGCCAUUUUCAUGCCAAAUGUAUGUAAACAAAGGACCCCAGCUGCCAUUCAGGGUCACACAUGGAGCAGUGGACACUACAGGACAAGUUGGAUUAAAUGGAUAUUUGAUAA